AUGGUAUCGAUUUAUGGCAUUCAAAUCGCUUAUCCGUUGAUCAUAGCUUGCAAUGAGACUUUCGCUUAUGAAAUAAUUGUGCAGAAGGAAUUAGUGUUGCCUGUUAAAAUUGUUAAAAAGAUCUUUUUUAUCAAUCCGGAUUUGGUAGUGCGUUUUCUCAAAUUAUUGAAACCCCGUGAACUAAAUGCGACUGAGCGUACUCCCUUCGCGAUCGGUAUUGACAGAUACCAAUCUUUCCUCCCUAAAUUAAUAAAGAAACGACUAGAGGCUUUUAUAGAACUGUUUGAGAUUCAUGAAACUUCUCCACCGGAUAUUAUUUUGAGCAACAGGUGCGCCAAAAUAUUUCUUAAGAAAGCUCAGCAACAUCUGAUACAAAAGCCACAGUCAUAUAUUCGUAUCUUACCACUCAAAAAAAUUAAUAAGGAUUUAAUGGAAAAAGUUUUCCCUGGUCUGUUGCCUACAACAAUAUCUGACUUCUCUACAGAUAAUAUGCUCAGUUACUUGGAACAUUAUCCAUGUGAUAAACAAUACGAUUUGCUUAGUAAAUCAUACAAGGAUAAAUAUCAUGUUGAUCUUCUUGACGAAACAAAAAAUGUCACGUUUACCUUAUUAAAGUUAUUACCUGUCGAGGAACGGAUCAAACAGGUUAAAAUUAAAAUUCUUAAGGAGCUGAACUUAGAUGAGAAUCGUUAUAAAGUAUAUGGAAUCUAUAUGGAAUUCGAUAAACUAUGUGAACAACAUGUAGAAUUUUCGUUCUUGAAAAACGAUUGGAUUUGUCAUUUACCUGUUAACGAAGUUAUUCCGGUUAUCAAAGAAAAAUUAAAUGAAACUAGAGAAGAUCAACUAGAGUAUAAAACAGAUAGAACUGAUCUCCUUUUGCAAAUGAUCAAUGUUUGUAAUGUUAAUAAAGAUGAUAAUGCCUUGAAGGAUGUCUUAACAUAUUCCUUAGAUAGAAACGAAGGCUGGUAUGUGUGCACAGGAAUAUUCGAUCAACUUCCAGAAAUAAACAAGUUACUUUAUUCAAAUGAAAGGUUGAUUUCUCUUGUAUCACGCAUUAUUCAUUUAUAUUAUAUUUCACAUGAGUUCAUACCGGAAAAGAUAUUAGUGGCUACAAUACAUUUCAAUCUUAUACACAAUAUACCAAUUGAUAAGUAUAUCAAUAUAUUUGUAGAAAAGGAAUGUUACGGAAGUUUUAACAUACUUAAAGAAUAUCCACAAUAUGAGAGGCAAUGUCUCGUAGCUUUCGCAAAUAAAAUUGAAAAAAAAUCUUUUAUAUUUAUGAGAAAAAUUAAUGAAAACAUGUUCUUCCAAAUUAUGGAAGCAAUGUAUGAUUUUAACAAUAGGUAUAAAAAAUCGAGCAUCAAAAUAGAAAAAAUGACAAUUACAGAUUAUCCUUCUUUAAUGGUUACCGUUUGCGACAGUCUACGUUAUAACUCUGAAGAUUCUGAAGAAACUUCUUACAAUUAUCGUGACGAAGAUUAUAUCUUGAGAAAUUUAUUGCUGAAAAAUGAGCCAGAACUGUACUACAGUUGGUAUCCUUCAAAUGUCGAAAAUGUAACGUCAGGCGCGGCGCACGCUCGAUUGAAACGAGAUAUACGAAACAUACUGGAUAAUUGGGAAGAAUACUUAUCAGAUUGCAUGAGGAACUACUAUUCAAAACAUGUACAACGCUUUAUCAAGGCCACGCGAUGGUAUAAAGACUUGCCCAUUACAUUUUUUGAACGUUGCAUGAAUUAUAUUAACGAUAAAAAUUUACAUAAAAUAUCAUCAAGCCUAGUUGUCUUGGCUCUUUUAUGUCAUGGUGAUGAAUUGACAAAACUGAUCGAUCCUUUCAUACCCACAGAAACAACGAAAUAUAUCAAUGAUCCCGAUCCUAUAAAGAACUAUAAAACUAAAAACUAUUUACCAUUGAGCAUGAGACUUUCUAAUCCACCAGUACCUCUCGAUCUCAUAGUUAGAUUGUGUGUAGGAAAUUAUUUAUCAAUAGGUUUGUAUACACUAACAAGUGUAAGUAGGCGAACUUCUUUGCCUAAAGUUAUAUCAACUGCACAAAAAUUGACAAGUAUGCGCGUGAGCACAAGUAAGCAUGGAGUUAAGCUGAUGUAUUUGAUAGCGACUAAGCAUGAGUUUACAGAUUUUCUCCAGAAAACAUGGGCAAUCGAGAAGGAUCAUUCAAUACGACAAGUUUUAUUCGAGACGUUCCAGAAAUAUUUUCUUACAAAUCCAAAUCCUGAAACAUGGUCUUUAUAUUGUCAAGCUAUAUCAACGUUGAGUUUCGAUGACGAAGCAUUGUUUUUAGAGAUGCAGCUAUUUCCCGAAAUGCCUAAUGAAUACGUUGUAAGAUUUCUGGAUGUAUGGCUCAAAACGAUAGACGAUUUUCAAGGACUGGACGACCAAAGAAAAAACCAAUACCUUGCCAGUUUCUUAAGAACACUUACUGCAUCUAUUUUCAAUCUUUUAUCUGAAGAAUAUGUUGAAAAUAUACUUCGAAGAUUUUUAUUCCAUAUGGAUAGUGAUGUAUCCAGAGAAGCAAGACGUUUUGCAAUAUCGCAUAUUUUAUUAGAUCAGGAUAAAUAUGCAGCACGCUUCAAAAUAUUUGCUGACGUCUUUCAUAACGCAGUGCUACAUCAAUGA